CUACAAAAACGUCUGUCUGGGCGGUGACAAGUGACAGCUGGCUCACUAUUCUUGAUAACGGAUUGAUAAAUGACAAGGUUCAGCGAAUUAAAAAACGAUUCCUGCUCCGCUGUUGUCACUAUAAUUUCGUCGUAGACUUCUCACAUCUCAGUAUCUCACUUAUUGUCUUUUAAUCUUUACUCUUUUCUAUGUUUAUUGUUUAAAUAUUUUAUAUUAUUACAAAUUUUUAUUCUUUAGUUUUUUGAUACUUAAUAGUUUAUAUACAAAAAAAGCUAAUAUAAUAAUAUAAUAUCAAUUCAGUACACAGACACCGUGAACACUUACAAAAAUUCCACAAUCUAUAAUAACUAAUUUUUUUUGUUAUACACGCACUGAACAUCACGGUCAACAAAAUGUUUAAAUCGAAUUUUGAAAAACUACUUGAUAAAGUUACCAGCAAUUUGUUAUUAGAAGCGGAUUGGCCUACGACAUUAGAAAUAUGUGACACAAUACGACAGAAAGAUGUCCAACCAAAAUUUGCACUCAAUGCCAUUAAGAAAAAACUAAUUAGUCCAAAUCCUCACACAGCUAUGUACAGUUUAUUGGUUUUAGAAUGUUGUGUUAAAAAUUGUGGUCAAUUAGUACAUGAUGAAGUUGGCACUAAACCUUUUAUGGAACAAAUAAGAGAAACUAUAAAAACUACUCCACAUGAAAAUGUUAAAAACAAAUUACUUGAACUAUUACAGACUUGGGCGUUUGCUUUCCGAGCUAUUCCCAAAUAUUGUGCCGUUCAGGUAACUAUAUUUUCUUGACUAUUAAAAAAUAAC